AUGCUGGUCGACGGACUGUUGCGAGUGGUGAGACUCCUGGAUCGAGAGAGAGUUGAAGUGAUUCGGUUAGCCAUCAGGGUGGAAGACAACGGCAUCCGUUCUGCAAAGAUGACAGAACUUGUUCAUCUGGACCAGCAAACAGGGGAGAUGGUAGUUGCAAACAGAAUCGAUCACGAGCAGACUCCAUGGCUCAACAUGACUGUGAGAGCUACUGACUCAGGAAUUCCUCCUCGCUCGGCAUUGGUGGAUGUGUUUGUACAAGUUAUAGAUGAGAACGACAACAAUCCCUACUUUGUUGGAAACAUCACAAAUGUCCGCCUGACGCUGAGGGAAGACCUCGCCUAUUGUGUUUCUUCAGGUGCUGAGGUGACAGUCAUUGAAGCAAGUGAUGCUGAUUCUGGUGAUUAUGGCAAAAUCACAUUUCUGCUUGAUCGGAUAUCAUCUUUGGGUAAGUUCCAAAUCAACCCUGAGACUGGGAUGCUGAACGUGUCCGAUAGGCUGGACCGAGAGCAGCAAUCAUCUUAUAUGCUGAUAGUGGAGGCCUGGGAUAACUAUCAGUUUGGAUACUCCAGUGGGGAGAGUAGAAAUGCCUUCAAACAAAUAGGAGUGACCAUACUGGAUGUCAACGAUGAACCUCCUGUGAUGAACCCUCUGCCGGAGUCUUGUGUCAUGGUAACAGAGUUUCUGGAACCAGGGGAGACUGUCUACACUCUCAAGGCAUCUGAUGCCGAUGACCCCAACACUCCCAAUGGCUGGGUCUCAUUCUCCAUUCUUGCAGGGAACGAUCAAGAAUUGUUUGAAAUAGAACCACUGGAUCAUUGGACAGCCAGGCUAUAUGCUCAAAGUUCACUGAAAGCAAAAUAUGGGAAUUACACUUUGGCUAUAAAUGUUCAAGAUUUAGGUGCACCUCCCAACUUUGUUGUUGGCAACCUAAACAUUUGUGUGACAGACUUCAAUGACAAUGCUCCUCAGUUCAUCAGUCCUCCCCAGAACAUUACAAUCCGCAUUCCAGAGAAUGCAACAGUUGGGAGUCCUGUGAUAACUGUGACUGCUAUUGACGCUGAUGUGGGUCCUAAUGCUGCUGUCCGUUACCGCCUCAAGCAAGACAAUACUGGAGACUGGAGCACUUUCAGUAUUGAUCAGGACUCUGGCCUCAUCUCUCUCAGGUUACCUCUGGACAGGGAGACCCAGAAACUCUAUCAGAUUCGUGUGGAAGCCUAUGACCAUGGAACUCCUACUCCCUUGUCGUCAGAUCUUGAUCUGACAAUUUAUGUGAAAAAUGUGAACGAUUACCAGCCUCAGUUUUUGAUAGAAGACUUUCCAGUGAACUUUACAGAACAUAUUCCUCCUGGCAAAGAAAGGCGACUCCUGCCAGAAACUGUGGAUAGAGACGAAGUAGAUGAUCUAGAUGACCCAAGAACUCCGGUCUGUUACUUCAUUGUUGCUGGGAAUGAUGAGGGCUUCUUCAACAUUGAGCCACUUUCCCAUGAAAUCACUGUGGCUCAAGAACUUGACAGGGAAGAAGCUGAGAUGCAUUUGAUCAUGGUGAAAGCCAGUGAAGACUGUGUCACUCCCCCACAGACCAACAAUAGCUACUUGGAUUACAAAGACAGUACAGUGCUCAGGGUGGUCAUUUUUGUCAAUGACAUCAACGAUAACGCCCCUCAGUUCGUCAAGGAGGUGUUCACUGGAGGAGUAACCACUGAUGCGGAUUUUGGCAGUGAAUUUAUGCAAGUUCGAGCAAUAGAUGCAGAUUUUGGCCGAAAUGCAGAAAUACAAUACUAUAUGAUUGGCCAAACUCAGAUGACCUUGAGCGAAGGGAUGGAAAAUAUUCAGCAGCCACCUUUCUUAGUGGAUGUCAACUCUGGAAUUGUGUCUCUCAACUUUGAUCCUCAAAAGGGAAUGAAAGGAUACUUUGACUUUAAGGUGGUCGCCAAUGAUACCGGUGGACUUUCUGAUAUGGCUAGAGUUUUCAUCUACUUAUUGCGAGAAGACCAAAGAGUGAGAUUUGUGCUACGACAACAUCCAGUAGAGCUGAGAGAAAAGAUUGAUGUUUUCAGAGAAGUACUGGGUAAUGUGACUGGAGCCAUAGUUAAUGUAGACGAGGUGAAAGUGCAUGAGACCAUGGAUGGCCGAGUGGACAAGACCCGAUCUGACCUCUACCUGCAUUUUGUAGACCGGUCAGACCACUCCAUCAUGGAUGUCAGCCGGGUGUUACGGGUGGUUGACCAGAGCAUAGAACAUCUGGAUUCAUUGUUCAAGGAGUUUAACGUUCUGGAUACCCAGGCAGCUGAAGCAGUGGCAUUGGUCCAUGCCCGCACUCCUGACAGUGUUGUAUGGCUCUGGUUGGUUGGCACCACUGUGUUCCUGGGUCUCAUGUUGGUAGUGGUCAUCUCAAUCUGCUUGUCACAGCGAGCCUCAUACAAGCGACAACUCAAAGCAGCUACAAUUACUGCAUUUGCAGGAUCAGCAGACUCGGACAUGACACGAGUAACCGGAUCAGGGCCAGGACGUUUGCCCAACACCAAUCUUCACAGCACUGAAGGCUCAAACCCUAUCUGGAUGCAGGCCUACGAGAACGAGUGGUACAAGGAGGACGACUCCAUGAGUCAAACGUCUGAGAGAGACUCGCUAGAUGAAAACGCAGUUGUUAGUGUCCAGACUCAAGAUGGAGGAGCCAAUUCUUCCUGUAACAGUCAAACCAACAUAAUAAAACCAGAACGCCGAACUGUCAAGGAACAAAACGAUCUGAAUAGCAAAAGCGGUGUGUACCAUCAGAACCUCUAUCAGCACCUGGACAAGCUCAGCAACCCUCUCAUAGCAAAAAAGUUGGAAACAACAGAGCUAUAGAAAUAGGUUCUUUACUUUUUUUAAGCUUCCUUUGAUCUCU